AUGAAACUGUGCUAGACAUCGAGGCCACUACACUGGAGAUGGAAACAUGUAGCACAGCAAGGAGGACCAUUAAACAAGUUUCAGGUUGCAACAAUCAUGCAGAAGAAGUGGGUAUCUGCUUGACAUGGAAGGAUCUAUGGGUAAUUUCUUCAAUGGGAAAGAAUGGAAGCAAAUCAAUUCUUCAGGGUCUAACUGGUUUUGCCAAACCAGGGCAACUCUUGGCCAUAAUGGGUCCCUCUGGCUGUGGCAAAUCUACACUUCUUGAUACUUUAGCAGGGAGAUUAGGUUCAAACAUAAGGCAAACAGGGGAAAUUCUGAUCAAUGGUCACAAACAAGCAUUGUCUUAUGGAACCUCGGCAUAUGUCACACAAGAUGAUACCUUAUUGACAACCUUAACGGUCGGAGAAGCAGUGCACUAUUCAGCUCAGCUCCAAUUGCCUGAUACCAUGUCCAAAAAAGAGAAGAAAGAGAGAGCAGAUUUUACAAUUAGAGAAAUGGGUCUACAAGAUGCCAUUAACACAAGAAUUGGAGGAUGGGGUUGUAAGGGUAUUAGUGGGGGUCAGAUGAGGCGAGUGAGUAUUUGUAUUGAGAUCCUAACUCGCCCUAAACUUCUCUUUCUUGAUGAACCAACUAGUGGACUAGACAGUGCAGCUUCCUAUUAUGUCAUGAAAAGAAUCUCUACUCUUGCACAAAAUGAUAAUACUCAAAGGACUGUUAUUGCUUCAAUUCAUCAGCCUAGUAGUGAAGUUUUUCAACUUUUCGACAACCUUUGUCUUCUGUCUUCUGGAAGAACAGUUUACUUUGGACCUGCUUCAGCCGCAAGUGAGUUUUUCGCAUCAAAUGGUUUUCCUUGUGCUGCUCUCAUGAAUCCAUCUGAUCAUUUACUUAAAACUAUAAACAAGGAUUUCGAUCAGGACAUUGUGGCGGGCUUAGCAGGGACUCGUACAAUACCCACAGAGGAAGCAAUUCGUAUCCUUGUAAGCUCAUAUAAAACAUCUGAAAGGAACCAACAAGUUCAAAACGAAGUAGCAGUACUAUCUCAAAAGGUAUAUAUAUAUAUUAUAUAUAUCGAUGCUGAUAUAGCAAAUACCUACAAAAAGAGAGAGCAUGCAGGCUUUCUUAAUCAAUGGUUAGUUCUCACCAAAAGAUCGUUCGUGAACAUGUAUCGUGAUCUGGGUUAUUACUGGUUGCGCCUUGCCAUAUAUAUUGCUUUGGCCAUAGCCUUAGCCAGUGUUUACUAUGAUCUGGGUACAAGUUAUGCCUCAAUUCGGGAUCGAGGUUCACUAGUGGCGUUUAUAAAUGGAUUCUUAACUUUCAUGAGCAUUGGUGGAUUCCCUUCCUUUGUGGAAGUCAUGAAGGUAUUUCAACGAGAAAGACAAAAUGGGCAUUAUGGUGUUACUGCAUUUGUCAUUGGGAACACGUUAUCAUCCCUCCCAUAUUUGUUAUUGGUUACAUUCAUUCCUGGGGCCAUUACCUAUUACCUUCCUGGACUUCAGAAAGGGUUCGAUCAUUUUAUGUACUUCAUUUGUGCUUUAUUUUCUAGUCUCAUGUUAGUGGAGAGCCUUAUGAUGAUAGUUGCUAGCAUAGUCCCCAACUUUCUAAUGGGCAUCGUAACCGGUGCUGGAAUUCAAGGAGUGAUGCUUUUACUUGGUGGGUUCUUUAAAUUGCCAAAUAAUCUUCCUAAGCCAGUUUGGAGAUACCCAUUGCACUACGUUGCUUUUCAUACGUUUGCCAACCAAGGACUGUUCAAAAAUGAAUAUGAAGGACUAAGAUUUACUACAGAUCAAGUUGGAGGAGGCUCACACAAUUACAUUAGUGGGGAAGAGGUUCUAAGAAACACAUGGCAAGCUGACAUGAGUUACUCAAAGUGGGUUGAUCUUGCAAUUUUGCUAAGCAUGAUUGUUGUCUAUCGAGUUUUAUUCUUGGUGAUAAUCAAGAUUACUGAGAAGUUGAAGCCCAUUAUCGUAUCAUUAUCGUGCAUGUUAUUGUCUCCCAAGCAAACAGUACAGAUCGUGGAGAACCCCAAUGCCACGCCUUUACAUUGAGAAGAUAUAAAUAGUUUCAAAUGCGUUUG